AGCUGGCAUGCACUUCAGAGAAUUCGAUUGAAAUGAGGCUUAGCCUUGUCCUACUUUAAUUUCUAUGUAUGUGUUGUUUCUUGGUAUCAAGUGACAUGGAGCACAUUACAUCUAGUGCUUCUCCAGUUGGCCUUAUCUGGUCCAUCAUCUUCUGUUUUCAUCCUUUUAUAAAUUAUGUUGCCAUAUGGCCAAAUUAAACCGUGCAAAAUGUUUAAUUGUUCCUUUAUAUUUUCAGAAUGAUGCUUAAAAAUGAAAGAAUUAACUUAUGUGUCAUCAGGAGCAUAACAAAGAAAAUAAUAGAUUUGAGUUUGUAUUGAAGUCAGGAACAUUUGGGACAAAAUGAGCUAGUUGACUACGGGCUCUCUUAUUACAUGAAAAUGUAGCAGUUAUUACAUCGUUGUUGGGUGGAAAACUAGUAAAACAUUUAUUUUCCCAUUACUGCCAUAAGGGAAAUUAAAAUUUUGAAGAAGCUGCACCAUGAAAAUGUUAUCAAGUUAAAAGAGAUCGUCACAUCUCCCGGUCCUGAGAGAAACGAACAUGAACAGGCUAGACCAGGCAAGUAUCAUUAUGGCUUUCAUCUUACUGAUGUUCGGCCUUGUUUUUUGUUACCCAUUCACUCUGCAAAUUUGAGCUUUAGUUUUCACACCUGUACUUAUCUAUAUAUGAAUGUAUUAAGUGAUAAUGAUACUGUAAUAGAGAUGAUAAGCAAGUAUCUUCAUGUUUCUUUUUUAUUUUAUUAUUUUUCUAGUGGGGAACUUUGCCUACACAGACUGUUCUCUUAGCGAUAUGGUUCCUUUUUUCCAGAUGGUAACAAGUACAAGGGUGGAAUAUACAUGGUAUUUGAAUACAUGGAUCACGAUUUGACUGGUCUUGCUGAUCGUCCUGGAAUGAGAUUUUCUGUCCCACAGAUUAAGUGCUAUAUGAGACAGCUCUUGACUGGUCUUCACUACUGUCAUGUAAAUCAAGUACUUCACCGAGAUAUCAAAGGUUCUAAUCUUCUGAUAGAUAACAACGGAAACCUGAAGCUUGCUGAUUUUGGUCUUGCUCGGUCUUUUUCAAAUGAUCACAAUGGAAAUCUUACAAAUCGUGUAAUUACAUUAUGGUACAGACCACCAGAAUUGCUGCUCGGAGCCACAAAGUAUGGUCCGGCUGUAGAUAUGUGGUCUGUUGGUUGUAUCUUUGCCGAGCUUCUAAACGGAAAGCCAAUCUUUCCUGGGAAGGAUGAGCCAGAGCAGUUAAACAAGAUCUUUGACUUGUGUGGGUCCCCUGAUGAGAAAAAUUGGCCUGACGUAUCAAAGAUCCCUUGGUAUAACAACUUAAAACCCUCAAGGCCUAUGAAAAGACGUCUUAGAGAGGUUUUUAGGCACUUUGACCGGCAUGCUCUGGAGUUGCUGGAUAAGAUGCUGAUGCUCGAUCCAGCUCAGAGAAUUUCUGCCAAAGAUGCACUUGACGCGGAGUACUUCUGGACUGAUCCAUUGCCGUGUGACCCCCGGAGUUUGCCAAAAUACGAAUCUUCACAUGAAUUUCAAACUAAGAAAAAGCGCCAGCAGCAGCGACAACAUGAAGAAACAGCUAAACGCCAGAAACUACAGCAUCAAACGCAGCAUAAUCGCCUCCCACCUCAUCAGCAGUCAGGGCAAGGACAUCCUCAGAUGCGGCCUGGACCAAACCCAGGAAUGCAUGGUUCUCAAAACCAAGUGGGUGCUGGCCCUAGUCAUCAUUAUGGGAAGCCACGUGGACCUUCAGGUGGACCUGGUAGAUAUCCUCAGGCUGGAAAUCCUUCUGGAGGAUACAACCACCAAAAUCGAGCCCAAGGUGGCGGGGGUUAUGCCAAUGGUCCAUACCCACCUCAAGGAAGGGGUGCACCAUAUGGCUCAAGUGGGAUUGCUGGUGCCGGCCCCAGGGGAGGCGGAGGUAGUGGUUAUGGUGGUGGUGGCCCAAAUUAUCCACAUGGAGGUCAAUACGGUGCUUCUGGCACCGGACGUGGCUCAAAUAUUAACCGGAACCAACAGUACAACAAUUGGCAGCAGUGAUGUCUUUGUAUCUGAAUGGUGAUUUCAGUAGUAUUUUUGAGUGACGCUUUGUCUUGUUCAACUUAGAAUGCAGUGCUAGAGCAAAUAACUACAAUAGUAUAGUAGUCAUUCUCCUUCACCCUUGCAAUCUCCCCUGAACCCUAUGGCGACGACUUGUAUUUUUCAAAAUACUUAUAUUAUUUAUGAGAAGAAAUGAUCUGGGAUAUGAAGACUGAAAGUUUGAAUCAAGGUCAUUUGUGGAAAGUUCAAAGCUGAGUUUGUAUGUAGGAAGACGGGUAUUGGAACUUUUAUUAUUGGUUUCUUCUUGCUUAUACAGCUUUUUCCAGCACUACGGUUCUCUUGGAUUCAGUUCCUAAUUCUUCUUGCAUACUUUAAAGUUUCCAAUUCAAGGUUAUCAACUGGAGAAUACACUACCAGCCUAAACAAACCGGAGAAUCAUCUAGUGAUGUGUAUAUUUCAGGGGAAAUGGAAAGAUACUCUCAAACUAGCUAGACUUCCUCUUGAAAAUUUAGGAGCCAUGUACAGGACAUAUGAAAUGUAAGUGCUGAGGUUCGACAGUGAGGGAAGAACUGGUGUUAGAAUGGUGUGAUGAUAGAGAGGCAGUUGCUAGUGAUUGACUUCAGAAUCCAGUGUUGGCAGAUUUGUAUGAAUAUAUAAAGUGGCUCUGAUUUUUGCGCAAAUGAACUUGUGGAAAAAGGUUGAUAUAGAGACAGAUGCGAGCCUUUUUGUCGGACAGUCUCGAUGGUAAGAGAUGCAUGAAUCCUGAAGCAUUAACUACGUCAAAAACAUCUUUCUCUUUGAACGUUGUUCUCAUGUAAGUGUACUUUUGCCCAGAACUUGUCCUACAUUUUUGAAUUUAUUUUAGAGGGAAAUGACCAUUGGGGUUUGGAAGGAAAACUUUCUUCUUGAUGUAGCUUGUAAAAGAUGCGGGAGCAAUUUAUUCAAUUCCAACUCCUGUUUUUCUUUUCCUGUUCAACUGUCCAACUCCUGUUUGAUUCAUGGGGAAAAAGAGAGUGGAACAUUUUUC